AUGGAUCUCUAUGACAGGGCAGAUAAUGUGAGACCUACGCUUCAUGAUGAGGUAGAAAAAGAGGCCGAGAAAGAAUACCUUGAAGAUAUCCAACUUCUAUAUGAACAGCCGGGGCAAGACUAUACACCUCAGGAACAUAAGCAUGCUCUCCACAGGACCUUCCGAAGUUUCCGCAUUCCAGGUAUAGGGGGAGCCGACGUCGACGGGUAUAUAGCGAUGGUUCGACCCAACGUGAAAACUUUGGUUAAGGGGCAGGUGGAAGAUAUGGCAUCGGCAAAGAUACAGUUGUCCCUAUGGAUCAUGUGGAAGAAGAGGACGAACCCGGAGGGGGCCAACGAUGAGUACAUUGAGGUGAAAAAAGUCUCAGUUUUCCAGGGUAACGACGUGGACGAUGUGCUGGACAGGAUGUUUGCCCAAAUCAAAACACACGUAGAACAUCCGGCACUACCCCAAAAUGGCUUUUCGAUUAGUCGAAUCCUACACCUUGAUAUAGACUUCCAUAGGUUACGGCUAACAAGGGGUUUCUCAUAUAUAGAGCUACCUAAAUGGAUAGACUCUAAAAAGCCCGUCAUUAACCGGUUCGAGGAGAAUAAUAAGGAGAUUGCGGUAAACGUCCUAUAUAUAACGGGGAAGAAGAUUAACAUCCUACGUCGAUCGGUGCACAACGGACGUACCAAGGUGUUGACUCUACUGCUUAUUACCGAUGAUAAAAAGACCCACUACACGGCCGUCAAUUUUCUAUCGCAACCCUUAGGCAAUGGGACAUCAAAGAACACAAAAUCGAUGCAUUUUUGCCUGAACUGCCUACAAGGCUUCAACACGGUUGAAUCGAGGGAUAAGCACUACAGAUAUUGCAAGGACCAUGAGGCCGUUAAAAUUACGAUGCCAACAGAGGCUGAAAAAUGGUUAUACUAUAGGGAUAGCCAGCAACAAUUCAAGGUACCCCUUUCCAUAUAUGCAGAUUUCGAGAGCCUAAUCGUCCCGGUAGAGGAUGCCAGGGAGAUCAAGACUAAAAAGCUGAACAAGCAUGUACCAUCCGGAUGGUGUACCUAUAGUAUUUUUGCCUAUGGGGAUGUACCAGAUCCACUAGCAGUGUACAGGGGUGAGGACUGUGUGACGAAGUUCGUGAACCACCUGGAGGAUGAAGUUAAAAGACUAUACAAUACCUACCCACAGCAGCCCAUGCUGCCUCUAACGGAGGUCCUAAAAAGGGUACACCACGGGGCAUCGAAUUGCCUAAUCUGCAUGAAGUCGUUCGACGACUGCGAGAAUAGCCGUAAUUGUCACUGUACCGGACUGUAUAGAGGUGCGGCACACGCGAUCUGCAACCUCAGAUAUAAAAUACCUAGCCAUAUUCCCGUCAUCUUCCAUAACCUAAGUGGCUACGACGCACACUUGCUCAUCAGGAAUUUGAGCGAGAAGUACGACACCCAGGACAUUGGAUGCAUAGCAGAGAAUACUGAAAAAUAUAUCAGUUUCAACGUGAAAAUUAAGGUACCCCUUGUAGGCAUGGGAUAUGGUGAUGGCGAGGCGUAUAAGACCAUAGAGAUAAGAUUUAUCGAUAGCUGUCGGCUCAUGCCCUCAAGCCCGGACAAAUUGCAACGAUUUGAGGAGGUGGAGCUGUCCCCCAAGGAGGCAUUCUACAGCAAGCUGAAUAUAAAGGGUAUUAGCGACGAUGAUUAUACCUAUGCGCAGAGGGUACGGAAUUGUAUAACUCCAGAGGGUGAUAACGUUACUUUGAGCAACUAUCACGAUGUGUACCUCGCUAAGUACGUACUGCUAUUGGCCGACGUUUUUGAAACGUUUCGGGACGUCUGCUUGACAAACUACAAGCUUGAUCCUGCGCACUUUUACAGUGCACCCGGCCUGGCAUGGAAGGUGGCACUCAUGUAUACCAGAAUCAGGUUAGAGCUCCUUACAGAUCCUGACAUGCUAUUGAUGUUUAAAAAAGGUAUCCGUGGAGGUAUAACCCAGGCUGUACAUCGCUAUGCCAAAGCUAACAAUAAGUAUAUGGGAGACCAAUACGAUCCAGAGGUUGAAUCCUCAUACCUGCAAUACCUCGACGCCAACAACCUCUAUGGCCUUGCCAUGCGUCAAGACCUGCCAACGGAUAGCUUUAAAUGGGUGUCAAAUACCGAGGUAUUCACCGAAAAGCGAAUCGAGAAGCUCGUUAGGGACAAUAAACAUGGGUACAUUUUAGAGGUUGAUAUCGACUAUCCCGAGAGGUUGCAUGUCAAACAUAACCAGUUGCAGUUCCUACCCAAACGCACUAUGGUCCACAAGGUCGAGAAAUUGGUACCAAAUUUGGAAAACAAGCGGAAAUAUGUGGUACAUAUCAGAGCCCUUUUAGAGGAUUUUUACAGAGAUAUCGCCAACGGAGGCACGGUUCGAUACAAGUGCGUAUAG